CUUCCGGGUUCCGUCCUGGCUCGGGGCUGGGGUGGUGGCGGUGGCUGCCGAGCGCUUCCGAGCUCGCAGCAGACUGGGAGUAUAGGUCUAAGCCGAGCGUGGGCAGGCGGCACGGGGAAAACUGCCUACGGUGCACAUCCGUAUGUCAGGAAGUGCCAAAGGGGCGGGGAAGAGGCGGUGGUGGAGCUCGGGCAGGUGGAGACCGAGCGUGGGACCGGGCCGGGACAGACGCUUUUUGUGGCAUUUCCCAAGGCAGAGGGGAAGGAGGCCGUCACCCUCCUAGCUUCUCUCAAUGUUUUUCAAAACUGGCGAGGUUAACUUCAGCGGGAGCCCAGUACGGUAAUUUCUUAGGAGGCACAGAAGUGUUUGAAGGGCUGCGUACCCUACUGAAGGAUGGCAGAAGCAGUGUUGAUUGAUUUCUUUGGUUUGAAAUUUAACUCUCAGAAAAACAGUCACCAGCUAUUACUGAAGACACUGAAUGCUGUCCGAUACCAUCAUGCUGCCAAGGCCAAGUUUCUUUGCAUAAUGUGUUGUAAUAGCAUCAGCUGUGAAAGGGAUGGGGAACAUAACUUUGAAUUGGAAGCAAGCAAUGGAUUAUCAGCUGUCUUGAGAGAGUUUGAGACUGUUAGCAAUCCUAGUAUGGCUGCCUCUUUGUAUACCAUUAAACAAAAAAUUGAUGAAAAAAACUUGAGCAGCAUUAAGGUAAUUGUACCCAAGCACCGGAAGACAUUGCUGAAAGCUUUUAUUGAUCAACUCUUCACCAACGUUUACAAUUUUGAGUUUGAAGAUUUACAGGUGACUUUGAGGGGAGGUCUUGUGAAACAGUCCAUGAUCAUGAUCACAGAUCAAGAACAAGAAAUAAACAUGAUCACAGAUCAAGAACAAGAAGCAAUCCAGAAUGAAAUAAAAACAUAUUUGAGAAGUCUGCCAGCUCUGAAAGGAGAAUUAACCAUUAUCACAUCUCCAUUAAUCUCAGAUAUUUUCUUGCAUGGAUUUACUACGAGGACAGGUGGAAUAUCUUACAUACCAACUCUUAGCUCAUUCAAUCUCUUCAGUAGUUCCAAACGGAGGGAUCCCAAGGUUGUUGUCCAAGAAAAUCUGCGUAGGUUGGGGAAUGCCGCAGGAUUUAAUGUGGAGAAAUUUUACCAAAUAAAGACUGAUCAUGCCAAUGACGUCUGGAUUAUGGGAAGGAAGGAGCCUGAAUCUUACGAUGGAAUCACCACAAAUCAGAGGGGAGUCACAAUAGCAGCUCUUGGUGCUGACUGUAUACCAAUAGUUUUUGCUGAUCCUGUCAAAAAAGCAUGUGGGGUUGCUCACUCUGGUUGGAGAGGUACUUUGUUAGGUGUUGCUAUGGCUACAGUGCAUGCUCUGAUCACAGAAUACGGCUGUAGUUUGGAAGACAUUAUUGUUGUACUUGGACCUUCAGUAGGACCUUGCUGUUUUACUCUGCCAAGGGAAUCAGCAAAGGGAUUUCAUAAUCUUGAUCCUGAAUGUGUACGGUUAUUUGAUUCACCAAAUCCCUAUGUUGACAUUCGUAAAGCCACUAGGAUUCUUCUAGAACGGGGAGGAAUUCUACCACAGAAUAUUCAGGACCUGAACCAAGAUCUCAACAUCUGUACAUCCUGCCAUCCUGACAAGUUUUUUUCCCACGUCCGAGAUGGCCUUAAUUUUGGUACACAGAUUGGCUUCAUAUCAAUUAGAGAAUGAGAUAUUGACUGGAUUUUUACACAGCUGUUUCCUGCCUCCUCCUAAACCAACGACAAGAGACAAAUUUAGCUGUUUGAUUUACUUAAAACCAAAAGGAUUAUAAUGGAUAAUUCAUCUUUAGGUAUAUUUUCACUAUUAUCCAAAAACAAAUGAUUUUUAUUUGAUUCUAACAAAAUCUAGAUGAGGAUUAUUCAUAAAGUGUGGUCUAUUUUCUGUGUUGCAUGAAUCAGGAAUAGGUCUGUUCAUUUCAGUAUUUAUUGGGUACCCUCUUUGUCAGGCACUGGUGAAGCAUAGGUGAGUCAAAAUAAGUAAUAAUUUUUCCCCUUGAGUCUAAUGCAAUGGAGGAGAUAAACACUUAUAAUACUUAAAUUUAAUUUUGAUAGCCGUGGAAGAGUACUGAAGAAGAGAGGAUUAAUUCUCUCUGGAAGGCAGGAUAGGGAAAGUGCUAUAUAGAAAAUGAUAUAUCACAUGAGCCCAAAAGAUGUACAGGCUUUUGACAAAUGAAGAACAACCAUAGCAGGUAGAGGGAACACCAUGAACUAGGGCAUGAAAUUGAGUGUGUAACAUGUUCUAGAGAGAGAAGUGUGUAGGCAGGAGUUACUGGAAAAACAGGUUCGGAAAGAGAUCAGUUAAGGUCUCACAUGCCAUGUCAGAGAGUUUAGAGUUGAUUUUUCAGUUAAAGAGUAGGCAUAAAAAGUAGGGGAGUGUUUUUAUUUUCUCGACAUCUGUAACAGGAUGGAUUUAAAUUGCAAGAGGCCAGGCCAGAGAGAAUUAGUUAAGAGGCGAAAUACUUUAAAAAAGAAAUAAUGAAGCCUAAAUGAAGACCAUGGAAAUUAAGAUGGAGGAGAAUAGAUGGAGAAACGUUUCAGAUAUAGAAUCAGUAGAUCCUCUUAAUAGAUAAUGAAGAGGACAGGUGAGGAAGAGUGGGGAAGUCAUUGAUGACUCCAAGAUUUCUGGUUGGUUGACUACCAAGAGUGGCAACAAGAGGAAGAAAGAAGUUUGGGAAAAGGGAGAAGGAUAAUGAGUUUGACACGCAGACCAAAGUAUAUCCAGAUGGAAAUAUUUGGUCAAUGACUAGAAAUACAGCCCUGUCACAUUGGUGGGAGCUGGGAGAAAGAUAGAGCUUUAGAAGUUGGCUUUGCAGAAAUGAGGCCUGAGGCCAUUGGAAUAGACUGAAUCAUCUAGGCAGAAUUACACGAUGAGUGAAAAGGAGGUUUGAGGGUGAAACCUCAUACAACACCUGGGUUUGAAGAACCAAGAGGCUGAACCAGUAAAAAAAAAAAAAAAAAAAAAAAAAAAAGAUUAAUAAUUAGAAAUAA